AAGCGUCCCUUUGACCAGGUGAAUCUAGAUACCUCCACUGCAGCUGUUGAAAACGCCAACAAAAGGCUCAGAUCACAGCAUGAGGAUAUAGACGUUGCUGCUAUUUAUGACCAAUUCAACGUCUGUCCGUCAUGUCAUAAGAACUUAUAUAAACCCUGUACUUUGCCUUGUGGAUAUACAGUCUGCUCAGUAUGUUUACAAGAUCAACAAUCCAGUCAACAACCUUGCCAGCAAUGUGAGCGUGUUCAUAUCAGCCCGAUUCAGCCUAAUGUGUUAGUCCAGCAAUUACAAGAUAUCAUUAACCUUUCUUUGAAGAGAGGAACGAAAUCUGUUCAAGAAGAAGAAGAAGAGAAGCAAUUACAUAGAAAACUAAGAGCAGCUUGUGAAUGUUCCAUUUGUUGUCAUCGUUUGAAGCACGCUUCUACUACACCCUGUGGCCAUACCUUCUGUAGACACUGUUUAAUGCGCUCAUUGGAUUACCAGCGCCAAUGUCCUUUUUGUCGUGAACCUAUUCAAUUUUGCUCUCCACCAACCAAUCUUUUGAUUUCUAUCCUAUCUCUUCUUGAGGAAGACAGCGAAGAAAACGUUGAAGAAGAACAGACAUCCUCCGAUGCGACAGAGACAAGAGUGCCUUUACUUAUAGGAAGUGUAGCUUUUCCCCAUAUUCGAUGCGCUCUGCAUAUUUUUGAAGCACGGUAUCGCCUGAUGCUACGAAGGAUUAUGUCUUCCGACCGAAAACGACUGGCUAUAUGUUCAGCUCAUAGAUUGCCUUCUGCUCCGACGCCGUUUUACGAGUACGGCACUAUGCUUGAGCUGACCCACGUUCAGAUAUUGGCUGACGGACGGUUCAUUGUCGAAGCUAUAGGGUCACAUCGCUUUAAAGUGAUACAAUACGACCUGAUAGAUGGCUAUCACAUGGCCAAAAUCGAACGGAUCGAUGAUAUUGACCCUGAACAGGAGGCUUUACUGGAGCAAAGGCAGAUAUUAAAGGAAAGCGCGAAAAGAGCAAGGCAACAACAACAACAACAACAAUCAUUGCGGCAGCAGCAACAAUCAUUGGCACUUCAUUCUUCUGAGAGGCCAUCACAGAACAUCAUGUUACCGCUUUCAAUGACAGCUCAACCGCCAGCAUCUUCAUCAUUAACGCCACGCUCUUCUUUAAUGUCACCCGUAUCCAUGGCAAGGCCAUCUCAUCCUUAUCCACAUAAUGCACAAUACACUCCAUUGGUGGGACAACGAAGAUCAUGGGCAGAACAGACACAUCCUGAAACGCGACCUCAAAUUAGCAGAGCGCCUUGGUUACAGAUGCAUAUGCGCGGGUUAACUGCUGCAAGGCAAAAAUCUGCGUUGCCUUCUUCUACCAUGUCCGGAGCUCCUACAUCUGGUAUAAAUGAGCUUCCUUCACAACCUCAACUUAUGUCUCAGACUCUGCUUCAGCCUACUUUUCCAAUCACUAAAUCUCCUAAAGAGCACACUACAGAGGAGUUGAUAGAUCAAAUUGCUAACUUUAUUGAAAAAGUUCGACUUCAGACUGGUAACAAUCAUCCGUCGACACAGCAACAACUACAGCAACAACAAAGUAUGUCUCAUUGGCUCAACGCAUUGACUGAUCCGCCCACACCACUGAGAGGACCGGAACGUGAUAACGUGAUUUUUGUUUGGUGGGUGAUCAACAUGAUACCAAUAAGCGAAGAUGAAAAGGCACCUAUCUUAAGUUUAAUAACAUUACGCGAAAGGGUUUUAAAGGUGCUAUCUUGUAUUGCCCAAUUUGAAGAUCAGUGGUCCUUUUUCUUACACCACAAUAGUAAUAGUCGCUCCUCUUCA